AUGGGCAGGGAACAGCAAGAUGCGUUCGACGAGCUCAAGAGAAGAUUUACGUCUGCUCCAAUACUCCGACACUAUGACGAACACCCUGAAGCAAUCGUGGAGACCGAUGCGAGUGACUGGGCUGAGGCCGCAGUACUCUCUCAGGUGUUCGAGGACGGUAUUCUACAUCCGGUAGCUUACCACUCUCGCAAGUUCAACGAGGCAGAGGUUAACUAUGAGAUCUAUGACAAGGAGAUGCUCGCAAUAGUUUCUGCUCUUUUGACUUGGAGACAUUGGCUGCAAGGGACGGACAUCCCUAUCCAGAUACAUUCGGAUCACCAAAACCUGCAGUAUUUCACAACGACCAAGAAGUUGUCCAGAAGACAAGCCAGAUGGGCCGAGAAGAUAGCACCUUUUCGCUUCAAGAUCCAUUACCGACCAGGCGAAAAGAACGGCAAGCCAGAUGCACUCACAAGGCAUCCGGAGUUCGCGAUGGAAGGGAGAGUAAUGCGUGAGCAGCCCGUAAAACAGCUACUCAGCGCAGAACAGUUUGUCAGAAAAUCACGGAUCAGCGUAAAAACUGGGCCUGAAGUGAUUGGCUACCCCGAAGAGGAAUGA